AUGCUCCAGCAGAUGGUUAAAGACAGCACGGUGCCACUGCUCCCAGGUAAGGGCAGCUCUUCUUCGUUCACUAGUUCUGCCAACCGGCUGCCUUUCUUGCAAUUUCUUUCGUUUCUUUGCUCGGGUGUCUCUCCUAACCUGCCAGCAGCAAACCUAGCUCUAUUACCUUCUCGUCUUUCGUCUCUGUGCUCAGGAGUAUCUCUUACCCUGCCAGCAGCAAACCUAGCUCUAUUAACUUCUCGUCUUUCGUCUCUGUGCUCAGGAGUAUCUCUUACCCAGCCAGCAGCAAACCUAGCUCUAUUAACUUCUCGUCUUUCGUCUCUGUGCUCAGGAGUAUCUCUUACCCUGCCAGCAGCAAACCUAGCUCUAUUACCUUCUCGUCUUUCGUCUCUGUGCUCAGGAGUCUCUCUUACCCUGCCAGCAGCAAACCUAGCUCUAUUAACUUCUCGUCUUUCGUCUCUGUGCUCAGGAGUAUCUCUUACCCUGCCAGCAGCAAACUUAGCUCUAUUAACUUCUCGUCUUUCGUCUCUGUGCUCAGGAGUAUCUCUUACCCAGCCAGCAGCAAACCUAGCUCUAUUACCUUCUCGUCUUUCGUCUCUGUGCUCAGGAGUAUCUCUUACCCAGCCAGCAGCAAACCUAGCUCUAUUAACUUCUCGAGUAUCUCUUACCCAGCCAGCAGCAAACUUAGCUCUAUUACCUUCUCGUCUUUCGUCUCUGUGCUCAGGAGUAUCUCUUACCCAGCCAGUAGCAAACCUAGCUCUAUUAACUUCUCGUCUUUCGUCUCUGUGCUCAGGAGUAUCUCUUACCCAGCCAGCAGCAAACCUAGCUCUAUUACCUUCUCGUCUUUCGUCUCUGUGCUCAGGAGUAUCUCUUACCCUGCCAGCAGCAAACCUAGCUCUAUUAACUUCUCGUCUUUUGUCUCUGUGCUCAGGAGUAUCUCUUACCCUGCCAGCAGCAAACCUAGCUCUAUUACCUUCUCGUCUUUCGUCUCUGUGCUCAGGAGUCUCCACUGUCCUGCUAGCAGCAGACCUGGCUCUAUUAGCCUGCAGUCUUUCAUGCCUUUGCUUCCCUGCUGGCAUCCCUCUUAGCUCUAGCAGCCUGAAGGCUACCCGAAGCCUUUCCUGUCUCAGCUCAGGAAUUGCAGAUGCUCUGCGGGCAGCAGACCUAGCUCUUUCUUUCCGAAGCCUUUCCUUCUUUCUUCCCUUUAUUCCGAUGCUUCAACAGCCCGAUGUAAAGAAUUUCAUGCACUUCCGGAUUGCAAAUAUGUUUAUCUCUGUGUUCUGGUAUCCUCCAUAUGUCUCCUUGGAGAAACCCUUGAAUUUGCUUUCUCUUGAGUUGAUGAAAGUCUUGUUCGAUGUUGUGGAAUAUUUUAAAAUAUCUACUUUUUUUAAAUUUCUCCGUGACAUUUUUAUACCAACUUCCGGUUACACCGGUGUUAUCGUUGUGGAUAUCUUUAUUCAUGACUUUGUCCACAAAUUUGAACAGAAAUGUCUCUAUGUUGUUUCUGGCUGGUCGUCUGCCUACAAAUUGCUGCAUUCACAGCUCCAGGCCAAGAAAGUAUCUCUAAUGCAGACUAAGCGCCAGAAGCAGACAACAGUCAUGGCACCUGUGGUGGAUUUGAAAAGACACGCUGACCUCACUGACCAACCUCUCCAUUUUAACCAACAGACUGGACGCCUUGAACGAGGCCCUCCAGCUUCUCUGGGCAAUUCUCCAUUUAUUGCUUCCGAACCAGUUCCAUCUCUAACUGGGGUGGCUGAUGAAUAUGACCCCCUACGUCCAAAUGAAUACGAAGAAAUUGUGAAGAAGAGACGCGAACAAAGACAAAAGGAACGAGAAGAAGAAAAAAUAAAAAAAGAUAAAGAUCGUGACGAAUCUUCCAGUCGAAGAUCAAGCAGUCGACCUGAACCACCCACUCCUUCAACGCCCGUCGUUCUCCCUGGUAGCACAGACCCUGGCAGUGAAAUGGAUCAAGCCCGUCGGCGCCGAGAAGAAGAGAAUGAAGAGGAUGAGGAAUAUGAGAAACCUAAGCGCCCAAAUACCGGGGCAGCCAUUGCACCUCCCAUGUCCCUCAUUGAAGAAGACACAGUAUCAAAACCAGAAGACGGUACAGAAAGCCCCAUUGCUACUGAACGAACACAGUCUCCACCUCCACUGGGAUACAGUAUAGGACUUGGUGGUUCAGUUGCUUCAAAAAUUAUGGCCAAAUAUGGUUAUAAAGAAGGCCAGGGUCUUGGCAAACAAGAACAAGGUAUGAGCACUGCUUUGUUUGUGGAGAAAACGAGUAAACGAGGCGGCAAAAUUAUCCAUGAGAAAGAUCUUCCCAAAGAGCCUCCCCGAGAAACGUGUGUUACAAAUGCCAACCUGUUGAAAAACCCAUCGAAAGUGAUAUUGUUACGUAAUAUGGUUGGUUCUGGUGAAGUUGAUGAUGAUCUUGAACCUGAGACUGCUGAGGAAUGUGCCAAAUAUGGAAAAGUGGUGAAAUGCUUGAUAUUCGAGAUUCCAGGUGUUAGUGAUGAAGAAGCUGUGCGUAUUUUUGUUGAAUUUGAAAGAGUUGAAUCUGCCAUCAAAGCUGUCGUCGAUCUAAAUGGACGAUAUUUUGGAGGAAGAGUGGUGAAAGCCGGAUUUUACAACCUGGACAAAUUCCGGCGUUAUGACUUGGCUGAAGAACAAGACUUUUGA